CGAGCGAGGCUUCGGCUCUGACGCCUGGAGGUGCAGGCGGCGCGCGGCCAGGGGAGCUCCGGCGGCCGCGGCGUCCCCGCCCCGGCCUCAGCCCCUGAUUGGGUGCUCCACCCGGCUCCAGCCAGCUCCUGGCUGGGACAAGGGCCAAGCUCAGCGCUGGCUCCCCGGGUCUUCGCAGGAGAUUUAAAGCCCGAAAGUUGUGUUUGGAGACAGUUAACUUUUCGCUCCGCCGUGCGGAGAAAAGCCGGUCUCCGUCUCGGACGGAGAGCUGGGGUGCGCAGAAGCUCACAGCCGACACGAGACCCCGACUUAACCCACAGCGAUCGCAGAACUGCAACUCAGUUAAAACUUAGAACCCGCGAGUACGAGUUCCAGGUUGCAGCCAACCAUUGUUGAUGCUUUGGUAAAGGAUCUACUUGAAGCAGCUCUUAAGUCAUCCUAGCACCCUGCCUGUGGCAGUAUGUGACAAGUUGCAGCUCAUGUCCAAAGAAAAGACCUUCUGGAGCAGUUGCAUGAGGUCACUUGCCAGACUUAAUGAAAGAUGCCUAGGAGGAAGAAUUUUCAUGUGCCAAUGUCCUCCAUGUCUGAUGUGUUCUGUUCUUUUGCAACCCCAGAGCAAUGGUAUUAAAAGAAAAUAUUGUGUGAAAUAAGAAGACCUGUUCCCAUUUUUUCACAACUGACAUGUAUUAAGAGAAAGAUCUCUUCUACAAAAUACUAAGUUCUGUGGUCUGGAAGCACCCAUUUAAAACGGAUCUUCAAUAAAAAUACACCAAAUGGACCAUGAGAAUGUUCGUUAGUGGCAGAAGAGUCAAAAGAAAGCAGUUUCUUCAGUUAUUUGCCACUUGUUUUAUACUAAGUUUUAUGGUUUUUUGGGGACCAAUUGAUAAUUCCAUUGUGAGUCAUAUGAAGUCCUACUCUUACAGAUACCUCAUAAAUAGCUAUCACUUUGUGAAUGAUACCCUCUCACUUAAGUAUGGCUUAGAGGGACCUCGAUACCCAUACUUGAUUAAUCACAAGGAGAAAUGCCAAGCUCAAGAUGUUCUCCUUUUACUGUUUAUAAAGACGGCUCCUGAAAACUACAACCGACGUUCGGCCAUUAGAAAAACCUGGGGUAAUGAGAAGUAUGUUCGAUCUCAACUCAAUGCCAACAUCAAAACUCUGUUUGCCCUAGGAACUCCUAAUCCACUGAGUGGAGAAGGACUGCAGAGACAACUGCUUUGGGAAGACCAAAUAUACAACGAUAUAAUCCAGCAAGACUUUGUGGAUUCUUUCUACAAUCUUACUCUGAAAUUACUUUUGCAGUUCAGUUGGACAAAUACGUUUUGUCCACAUGCCAAAUUCCUGAUGACUGCUGAUGAUGACAUAUUUAUCCAUAUGCCAAAUCUUAUUGAAUACCUUCAAAAUCUAGAAGAAAUUGGUGUUCGGGACUUUUGGAUUGGUCGGGUCCACCGUGGUUCCCCUCCUGUUCGAGAUAAAAGCAACAAAUACUAUGUCUCCUAUGAAAUGUACCAGUGGCCAGCUUACCCUGAUUACACAGCUGGUGCAGCUUAUAUCAUCUCCAGUGAUGUAGCUGCUAAAGUCCAUGAGGCCUCACUGACCCUGAAUUCUACUCUCUACAUAGAUGAUGUGUUCAUGGGCCUCUGUGCCAACAAAAUGGGGAUAGUACCACAAUACCAUGUAUUCUUUGCUGGAGAAGGUAAAGCUCCUUAUCAUCCCUGCAUCUAUGAAAAAAUGAUGACAUCUCAUGGCCACGUGCAAGAUCUCCAAGACCUUUGGAAUGAUGCUACAGAUCCAAAAGUAAAGAGUAUUUCAAAGGGUUUUUUUGGUCAAAUAUACUGCAGAUUCAUUAAGAUAGUUCUUCUUUGUAGAUUUGCCUAUAAGGACACAUAUCCUUGCAGGGCUGCCUUUGCCUAAUGUAGUACUUGAAUGUUGUAAUGUUUUCCUGUCACUGAGCCAAACCUGGAUGGAAAAAGCUUUACCCUAAGUAAAAUGAAUGUGAAAGAUGGAGGUAUUUUGAAAGCCUAGUCUCUCCGAAUAUUUCUUUGAUUACACAGGCUGUUCAAUAUAACAUCUAAUUCAUGGCCUACACUCAUUAAAAGGAAUUCGUAUUUUUUUUAAAGGCCUGGACACUAUCCCUUAGCUUGUAAACUCAAGGCAAGUGCUCUACCACUCGA